UUACAGGUAAGCGUCCCUCCCUUUUUAUUUGAAGCCGUUUUAUACGCUCCUAUUGAUGACACAAAUAGCACAGCAAAGAUUGGAAAUGGAAACAUUUUUUUCACUUUGUAUAAAAAAGAAGUGGGCAUGUGGGAUUCCCUAACUCUAGCAAAUGCUAACAAAGAGAAACUGCAAUAUCUAAGAGAGAAUGCUGUUCUAAAAGCCCAUGAAAAGGCAAAAGAGGAGACAGAAGCAAAAAAAGUUACAAAACAGGAACACAAAAAAUAUGCAUUGGAGGCCACGAUGAAGCUAGAAGAAGCUGAAAGAAAAAGAAUUGAAGAUCUGAAAGAAGAAGAGCGGCAGAAGGUCACCAAGGAGUUGGAGUUAUGGAAAAAACAGCAAGAAGAUGCUGAGAAACAAAAGAGGGUACAAAAAGAACUACAUCAAGAAGUAGAGCCAUUAAAGGCCAAAAAAAAGGAACAAAUGAACAAAACCAGCAUUCUUAAUGAAGGAACUUCUGAGACCAGACUCAAACCUACUAAAGUUCCUGGUUCCUACGGUAUGUUUUCGGAAAAUUUAAAGGAAGAACAGUUACCAGCUCCUCGAUCUGCUGCUACAAUUAAAAUCAACUUUACAUCACGAGUUUUUCCUACAGCUCUGCGAGAAUCUCGCGUCGCAGAAGAGGAGGAGUGGCUACGCAAGCAAGCAGAAGCUCGAAGAACAGUAAGUGCUGAUUUGUCUGAGCUGGAAGAUUUAAAAGAAGAGGAGAAGAAUCCAGAUUGGUUAAAGGACAAAGGGAACAAAAUGUUUGCAACGGGAAACUAUCUUGCAGCUGUAAAUGCAUAUAACCUCGCAGUGCGGCUAAACAAUAAGCUUCCCCUACUGUAUCUGAAUCGUGCUGCUUGCCACCUUAAACUGAGAAAUUUACAUAAAGCUAUUGAAGAUUCCUCUAAGGCAUUAGAACUGCUGACACCACCUGUUCCUGAUAAUGAGAAUGCUCGAGUGAAAGCGUAUGUGAGACGUGGAACAGCCUUUUGUCAGCUGGAAUUGUAUACUGAAGGUCUCCAGGAUUAUGAAGCAGCUCUCAAGAUUGAUCCUAAAAAUAAAACUAUAGAAAAAGAUGCUGAGAAGAUUCGACACCUAAUUCAAGGAACAAUGCAAGAUUCUUAAUUUAAAAAAAAAACAAAAUCCAGCUUUGCGAGGGAUGCCUUUUGACAGCAUCAGAAGGAAUCUUAGUUCUCUUCAAUAUGUUGUUAACUAGACAUUUCACUCAGAACACCUACAGAAUUGGUAAAAGAUUGGAUACAUUAAUUACUAUUUUUGGAAAAUAUAUUAUUAUAACAAAUAUGAUUAUAUAUAUUUUAUAUCAUUUUGAUACAAAGUUGUAAUAUUUUUGUUUUCUGUGAAAUAUUGGUGGGCCAAAUAUUAAAACAUGUCUUUGGUACUUGAUUUAAAGUUACUCAUAACCAAAUGAAAUAUUUGUCUGGAAAUAUCUACUGAAUCUAGACAAUGGGUUUUCAAAAAACUUCAGUAGCACCAUAUAGUCAGCACCUGUUAAACUCUUAUCUUUCUGUUCUGAAAGCUGAAACAGUUA